AGGGGUGACAGGAAAAAAAACAAAGAUGGCAGAAUAGAGCUAGAGACGAACUAUCGAGCUAAAAGACGUUAGCGGACAGAGCAGGUUUAAUUGUUACAGGUGAGACCGGAUUGUGUGUGUGGUGUUGAGAAGGCGGACAGGACGUUGUUAAACCUUGCAGCUCGCACUGUCACAGCCGAAUAACGGAGUAAGCAGCUGGCGAGAGCAACCAGUCUGUGCUGUUUACUUUCCCUACAGUGCGUCUGUCAGCGACUCGAAUCAAUAGGAGAUUAUUAUUCAGAUAGAGUUUGGACUCGUCUUUUCCCUCUAAGCCCACAGUGAAUAAUAAUCCUGCGGAUGUCUGCGAUGGAAGAGCGUGGCGAGGUGGUGGCCGCCGCUCCAGGCUCGUCCUCAGCCGGCUUGGGUGUCGGGCCGGAGGCCGUGGCUGCAGGUGCGGGUUUAUCCGUUAUUCAGGACGAAUCAGGGGUUCGGAGAGAAGGUUCCGGUUCUGGACCGGAGACAGAUCCGGACGCACCGCCGAAAAAGCGCGUGAGGCUGCAAGAAGGUGAAGCGGGUAAACUGGAGGAGCGGCUUUAUUCCGUGUUGUGCUGCACCGUGUGCCUGGCCCUACCCAAAGCCUCGGUUUACCAGUGUACAAACGGGCACCUGAUGUGUGCUGGCUGCUUCAUCCACCUGCUGGCGGAUGCACGACUGAAGGAAGAGCAGGCCACAUGCCCGAACUGUCGCUGCGAGAUCAGCAAGAGCCUGUGCUGCAGGAACCUGGCGGUAGAGAAAGCUGUAAGCGAACUGCCCUCAGACUGCAGCUAUUGCCUCAAACAGUUCCCCCGCUCCAGCCUGGACCACCAUCAGUCAGAAGAAUGCCAGGACAGUGUGGCAUCUCUGAUUUCUUAUAGGCUUACGCAAUGUAAAUACAAGCGGAUCGGAUGUCCAUGGCAGGGGCCAUUCCAUGAGCUCACUGCCCACGAGGUUGACUGCUGCCACCCUUCUAAGACUGGCAUUGAGUUGAUGGGCAUCCUGGAUGAGAUGGAUCAGAGCCAUCGCCGAGAGCUACAGCUCUAUAACAGCAUCUUCAGCCUGCUCAGCUUCGAGAAGAUCGGCUUCACAGAGGUUCAAUUUCGGCCGUACCGCACAGAUGACUUCAUUACCCGGCUGUACUACGAGACGCCACGCUUCACCGUGCUCAACCAGACAUGGGUGCUGAAGGCACGCGUCAACGACUCAGAGCGUAACCCCAACCUUUCCUGUAAGCGCACACUCUCCUUCCAGCUAAUCCUGAAGAGCAAAGUAAACUCAACGCUAGAGUGUUCCUUCCUGCUGCUUAAGGGCCCGUAUGACGACGUGAAGAUCAAACCUGUCAUCCAGCACCACGUCUUCUCCAACGACGCCAAUGAGACGGAGUACGUGCCGCUGCCCAUCAGCGACAGUGUCGAGUGCAACAAGCUGCUGGCUGCCAAAAACAUCAAUCUGCGCCUCUUCAUCUUUCAGAUCCAGAAAUAGGUGAAGAACAGAGAAGCUUUGGAAGUCAAAGGAGGCAGGGAAGGAGAUGAGAGGUGAAGAAGUGACCCUGAACCACACAUACCUCGACAAGAACAAGGAUGAGAGAGCCAGCUAUAUUAAAGAUGGCCUAUACGACAUGCAGUCGCCUGUGUUUGUUUGUGUGUGCAAGUAUGUGGUUGAUGGAAAUAAUUUCUGAUCUAUACGGUCCAACAUGAGUGUCUGUUCAUCAAUCAGACCAUCUGUCGCUAGUUGAAAAAAAAUCAGGACAGUCCUGACGGAACACCAUCUUCAUAAUGUAUGUGUGAGAGUGUGUGCAUGCAUGUAAGUAUGAAUGAGUAUAAAUGCGCAAGAUAACCUAAUCAAAGCACUACAGGCAAUUCUACUAUCUCAGCAUGUGUGUGUGUGUGUGUGUAGAUACUCUUGUGACUGUGAGAAAGGCAUGUUUGAGACGUAAUCCAGAAAGCACUGGAUUUAAUAAUGUUUUUAAACAGCCUGAAGUUUAGGCAGUGUUACUUAAGACAUCCUGUGGUACUGUAUGCGUGUGUGUGUGUGUGUGUGUGUGUGUGUGUGUGUGUGUCCAUGCAGUGGUUCUCUUCUGCUCAGAACCCUUCUCUUAAGGCUUACAUGUGCACACACACAAAUCUCAGCAGAAAAUAGGCUGCACUUGCUUUAAAUGUAUUUUUGUAAGUGAAGGGAGACAUUUUACUUGAGGUACAGCAGAUCAGGUAGUGUGAACAAAAUGGCUGCUGACCUCUGAAGGCAGAACAGUGGAGUUUGCAUGUUUUUAGUUUCUUCUUGGUGUGUUCUUAGGAGCACACACGUUUAUCCCAGUAGCAUUAUAAUCUUGUAAACUAACUUAAGUUUGAUAUUUUUAACACAAUUUUUAUUUAAGAACCUGUGAAUCUUAGCUUUAUAUCUUAUUUAGAGUCUGAAUUGUCAUUUCAGAUUUUUCUUUUACACACACCCCUGUACAGCCAAUUUAGCAGCACCAGCUAAUCCACUGUUAUUACUUUAUACCCAAAUGCAUUACAGUUAGCAACAAAGAAUCUACUCACCGUAGAAACCCCUUACCUAAACCCACCCACACACAUCAGAGAGCCAGACAGGGUCUAAUCACAUCCCUGUGUUGUUGAACUUGACUGUAACUGAUCUGAUUUGACAUACUUGAAUUCUUGAGGGGCAGAAAAAGUGAAGCUGAUCUAGACAGUGUGUUUGAUAUCGAAGAGUCUAGUUGGAACCUGUUUCUGUAUUGAAAAAGCUUUUAAUUCUCACAUUACACUCUGCCUGUAUUUGUGCCUUUCUAUUAAAGCUCAUCGAAACUAAAA